GGUGAGACCAGCAGGAGGAAUUAGGUCAUGCCUUCGAAGGAAUGAAUUAGCCGCCUUCCUCGCCCUGUGACUGACAGCGCUGCCGGGGGAGAGGAGUAUAUAAGGGGCCGCUGCUGCCGGGAAGGCAGAGGGAGGCACCGUCCGCAGUGCACCGGGACCGCCUCCUCCCCAGCUCAGCCGCACGCUGCCCAGCUCGCCUUGCAGCAGACGCCAGUCCUCCCAUCUUCCAACGCACCAGGAGCCGCGCCGCGGACGCAGCAUGCUCUGGGGGCUGGCCCUGCUGGCUCUGUGGGCAUGGCAGGGUGCCCAGGACGUCCGAGCCGCGGACCCGGACGAGGACACCUCCUUCGACCUCUUCAGCAUCAGCAACAUAAACCGGAAGACCAUCGGCGCCAAGCAGUUCCGGGGGCCCGAGCCGGGCGCGCCCGCCUACCGCUUCGUGCGCUUUGACUACAUCCCGCCCGUGAACGCGGCGGACCUGCUCCGCAUCACGCGCAGCAUGCGGCGCCGCGACGGCUUCUUCCUGACGGCGCAGCUCAAGCAGGACCGCAAGUCCCGCGGCACGCUGCUGGCCCUCGAGGGCCCCGGCGCCGCCCGGCAGUUCGAGGUCGUCUCCAACGGCCCGGCCGACACGCUGGACCUCACCUACUGGACGGACGGCGGCCAGCACGUGCUGUCCCUGGAGGACGUGGGCCUGGCCGACUCGCAGUGGAAGAACAUCACGGUGCAGGUGGCCGGCGAGACCUUCGGCCUCUACGUGGGCUGCGACCUCAUCGACAGCUUCGCGCUGGACGAGCCCUUCUACGAGCAGCUGACGGCCGACCGGAGCAGGAUGUACGUGGCCAAGGGCGCCGCCCGCGAGAGCCACUUCCGGGGCCUGCUUCAGAACAUGCACUUGGUUUUUGAGAAUUCUGUGGAAGAUGUUCUGAGCAAGAAGGGCUGCCAGCACGGCCGCGGAGCUGAAAUCAAUGCCAUCAGCGAGUACACGGAGACGCUGCACCUGAGCCCUCACCUCAGCGCGGAGCACACGGGCCAGAGCCUGCAGCCGCAGCCGGAGGUGUGCGAGCACUCCUGCGCCGAGCUGGGCAACAUGAUCAGCGAGCUCUCCGGGCUGCACCUCCUCGUGGACCAGCUCAGCGAGAACCUGAGGAGAGUGUCCAGCGAUAACCAGUUUCUGCUGGAGCUCAUCGGGGUUCCCCCGAAGACGAGGAAUGUGUCCGGUUGCUGGCAGGAGGACCGGAUGUUUGCCGAGAACGAAACCUGGGUGGUGGACAGCUGCACCACCUGCACCUGCAAGAAAUUUAAAACCGUUUGCCACCAGAUCACCUGUUCACCUGCCACGUGCGCCAACCCGUCCAUUGUGGAAGGCGAGUGCUGCCCUUCCUGCUCCCACGCAGCAGACGGCGAGGAGGGCUGGUCCCCGUGGGCAGAGUGGACGGAGUGCUCGGUCACUUGUGGCUCCGGGACCCAGCAGAGGGGCCGCUCGUGCGACGUCACCAGCAACACCUGCUUGGGGCCGUCCAUCCAGACGCGGGCCUGCAGCCUGAGCAAGUGUGACGCCCGCGUCCGGCAGGACGGCGGCUGGAGCCACUGGUCGCCCUGGUCUUCUUGCUCCGUGACCUGUGGAGUCGGCAACAUCACACGCAUCCGUCUCUGUAACUCCCCGGUGCCCCAGAUGGGGGGCAAGAGCUGCAAAGGGAGCGGCCGCGAGACCAAGGCCUGCGAGGGCGCCCCAUGCCCGAUCGACGGCCGCUGGAGUCCCUGGUCCCCGUGGUCGGCCUGCACCGUCACCUGUGCCGGGGGAAUCCGGGAGCGCACACGGGUCUGCAACAGCCCAGAGCCCCAGCACGGCGGGAAGGCGUGCGUGGGGGACGUGAAGGAGCGCCAGAUGUGCAACAAGAGGAGCUGCCCCGUAGACGGCUGUCUGUCCAACCCCUGCUUCCCCGGAGCCGAGUGUAGCAGCUUCCCUGACGGGUCCUGGUCCUGCGGCGCCUGCCCCGUGGGCUACCUGGGCAACGGCACCUACUGCGAGGACCUGGACGAGUGUGCCGUGGUCACAGACGUCUGCUUCUCGACCAGCAAGACGGCCCGCUGCAUCAACACACAGCCCGGCUUCCACUGCCUGCCCUGCCCGCCGCGCUACAAGGGGAGCCAGCCCUCCGGGGUGGGCCUGGAGGCAGCCAGGGCCGAGAAGCAGGUAUGCGAGCCAGAAAACCCGUGCAAGGACAAGACCCACAGCUGCCACAAGCAGGCGGAGUGCAUCUACCUGGGCCACUUCAGUGACCCCAUGUACAAGUGUGAGUGCCAGACGGGCUACGCCGGCGACGGGCUCAUCUGCGGCGAGGACUCGGACCUGGACGGCUGGCCCAACAGCAACCUGGUCUGUGCCACCAAUGCCACCUACCACUGCCUCAAGGACAACUGCCCACACCUGCCCAAUUCUGGGCAGGAGGACUUUGACAAGGACGGAGUGGGCGAUGCCUGUGACGACGACGAUGACAAUGACGGAGUGAGCGACGAGAAGGACAACUGCCAGCUCUUGUUCAACCCCCGCCAGUUUGACUAUGACAAGGACGAGGUCGGGGACCGCUGUGACAACUGCCCGUACGUGCACAACCCUGCGCAGAUCGACACGGACAACAACGGCGAGGGCGACGCCUGCUCCGUGGACAUCGACGGAGACGACGUCUUCAACGAGCGUGACAACUGUCCCUAUGUCUACAACACCGACCAGCGAGACACCGAUGGCGACGGUGUGGGUGACCACUGUGACAACUGCCCUCUGAUGCACAACCCCGACCAGACCGAUGUGGACAACGACCUCGUGGGAGACCAGUGUGACAACAACGAGGACAUAGACGAUGACGGGCACCAGAACAACCAGGACAACUGCCCCUACGUCGCCAACGCCAACCAGGCCGACCACGACAACGACGGCAAGGGUGACGCCUGCGACCCCGAUGACGACAACGACGGGAUCCCCGACGACAGGGACAACUGUAGGCUGCUGUUCAACCCGGACCAAGAGGACUCGGACGGUGAUGGGCGGGGCGACAUAUGCAAAGACGACUUUGACAACGACAGCGUCCCAGACAUUGACGAUGUGUGUCCCGAGAACAACGCCAUCAGCGAGACGGACUUCAGGAACUUCCAGAUGGUACCGCUGGACCCCAAGGGAACCACCCAGAUUGAUCCCAACUGGGUCAUUCGUCACCAGGGCAAGGAGCUGGUUCAGACGGCAAACUCGGACCCCGGCAUCGCUGUAGGGUUCGACGAGUUUGGGUCCGUGGACUUCAGCGGCACGUUUUACGUCAACACUGACCGGGACGACGACUACGCUGGCUUCGUCUUUGGCUACCAGUCGAGCAGCCGCUUCUACGUGGUGAUGUGGAAGCAGGUCACCCAGACCUACUGGGAGGACCAGCCCAGCCGGGCCUACGGCUACUCCGGGGUGUCGCUCAAGGUGGUGAACUCCACCACAGGUGCGGGCGAGCACCUGAGGAAUGCGCUGUGGCACACGGGGAACACCCAGGGGCAGGUGCGCACGCUGUGGCAUGACCCCAAGAACAUCGGCUGGAAGGACUACACGGCCUACAGGUGGCACCUGACCCACAGGCCCAAGACGGGCUACAUCAGAGUCCUCGUGCACGAGGGAAAGCAGGUCAUGGCUGACUCAGGCCCCAUCUACGACCACACCUACUCUGGUGGGCGGCUCGGUCUGUUUGUCUUCUCUCAAGAAAUGGUCUACUUCUCGGACCUCAAGUACGAGUGCAGAGACGUCUAAGCGGGACGUGCGUGGUGCUGGCGUGGUGCUGUGCCUGCCGUGUUGCCUGAGCUGCUCGGGCCCUCGUGGCGCUCACAGCUUCUGUCUCUCCAGCGGUACCUUCUGCCCUUGACCUGACUCCGAGUUCUUCGCCUGCAUCAUCAGCCUUGAACCCCAGUGCCUCCUGGGAAAUACCGAUGGAGCCCAAAGAGGAGGCCCAGCCGCACGGAAACCAUCCGAAGUACACGAGACUUUACGUGGCGUAUGACUGGCCUCACAGCACACUGCUUUUUCUCGUUUGUUUGGAAAGAAUGACGUUUACAUAUACAAUGUAAUUACUUCUAUUUAUGUGUAUAUGGAGUUGAGGGAAUUCUGUGCAGAUGACAUUAUCAUAAAUUAAGCAUGAAAAAUAUCGCUCAGCUCCUCUCAGUGCUCCUGGGUGAGGGUUGCUCCAGUGACACUCAGGUCCCGCUGGGUCAGUCACGCAGGGCGGAAGCGUCAGUCUCACAGCAGUGACGCGGGAUACAGAGGCUGAGGCCCACGGUCCUCUGAGACCGUGGGCGCAUCUCAGGCGGCAGCCGGGGUCGGCUGACCAGCUGGAACAUGGAACGUGAUGGGCACCCGUCUCCCCACUCCUGUCCAGCGGAGCCCUGACGCUCCGCAGAGCUGUCGUUUUGUCGUGGAAGGAAUGUCCUCGCACAGGGGUCUGGCUUGCUCCUGCGAAGCCUCGAGUCCGUGCUGGGCUCACAGAGCCGAGGGCCCCGUUCGAGCCCCCGUGCUGCGCAGCACCGAGAGCGCACUGGGCCAGCUGCCUACUGGUUUUGGCUCCGACUCUGGGCUCUGCCACUGAGACGGGAGAAGCAGAAAGCAAAUCAGCAAAGCCACCUGGGCCCCACCCCCGUGCUAGAUCCCGGAAUAAUGGAAAAGUCGCUUUUACCUAACUUAAUGAUGCAUUUCAUUAAGGUUCCGGUUAUAAAUGUUCUCUCAAUAUUUAUUAAAUGAACAUAGACACAGCUCCAUUUACCCAUAACUUAUUUUCAAUAUGCCACGUAGCACACAGAGGCAUGAUACUGCAAGUGUUAGCUGCCUGUCGGAACGCAAGGCAAAUACUGUUGCGUUGUCAGGAUACAGCAUGGUGUAGAACGCAUAGGACAAAUAGGAAGAAUUGACAGUGGAACCUUAAUAUAUAUAUUGUUGCUGUUGAUGGUAAUCCAAGACUGUUUUGCUGUUAGCUUUCUGCUGUACAUAGGGUUUUUUAGAGAUGUGAGUGCUGAGGUCACCCGUGAUGGGCCUGCAGGUGACACGCGUGAGCUCAUCCCCGUGAGGAAGCAGGUCUCCUGUGACAGGCCCAGGGCUCUCUGUCACGGUCCCGCCUCCAGAUCCAAGUGAAAGGACCGAUCUUUUGCCUCAAUUUACACAUUUCGUUUUGAUAAAAUAAUCUUUGUCGUUUACUUUGAGGUUGAUUACUCUUUUUUGCUUUGUUUCGCUGCACUUUUUACUUUUUGGUAGAAAAUGUAUUCCCAAGACAACGAGGUUGGGAGACUUCAUUAAAUGUGAGAAUUGUGAAGAGUGUGCGGGUUUCUCUUUCGGUGUUGUUUGCUCCAAAGUGCCCUGGCCUGGGAUGAUGAUGUGAAUAUUUAGAAUGUACCAUAUUGCUUGUAAAUUAUUUGUGUUUUUUAAAACAAACUUCUCAUAUAGGUUGAUGAAACUUUGUUUUGCCAAAGACUGUAAAUAUUUAUUUAUUUGUUCACAUGGUCAGAAUUUCACCACUGAAACCCUGCAUUUAGCUAGAGCCUCAUUUUUAUACUUUAAAGAUUAAUAACCGGAAAUAAAUUGUAAAAAGGUUUUCUAUAAA